AUGGCAGAAAGUUUUUCUAAUCCCGGGCUCUGGGUCGAUGCCGCUGUUCAAAACGCUUUUGAUACAGGAGCUGGUAUGGCCCUAUUUACAGCUUAUUCUGCCUACUUCACCCGACGAAAUGGGGUUGUGCGCUACGGAACAAUGAUCCCAGCGGCCAACAAUAUUGUCAGUGAAAAAUAUAUUUUAUAUUCUAGUCUGAUUUGUGGAAUCACAAUAUUUGGUACAGUAUUCUCAAGUUUGGUUCACUCUAAUCCCACACUGACUCGUCUUGGAAUUUUGAAGAUCAUGAAAUAUGCUGGUCCUGGUAGCACUGGAUUAACAUUUACAUGGAUGCCUGUUCUAUUCUCUUCGUUUGGCUCCUUUGGUCGCAUAUUAUGUGGCCUCUUCUUUUUGUGCCUGUCAUUCGCUGGUGUGACAUCUCUAAUCUCUAACGUUGAAUUAACAGUUAUGACUAUCAAAAACGUUGGCGGUAAGACAAAAAAUUAUCUUGAUGAUCGCAACCCGUGA